AUGUUUGAGGUUGUGUUGUGGAGAACGGUGGUUGUGGUGGCGCUGUUGGAGGUGGCCAGUUGUCAAUGUAAAUUUUUUGAAUUUUUUGGCUAGAGUGAUUAGUAUUUUUUUUUUGAUACCAGUCUGUCCGGAAAGUCGCUGGAGUGAUUUUUGGCGUUUACACUGUGCAGAAAAAAGGCAGAUACGAAUGAGGGCCCAAAAACGCCUAUUAGGGUGCAAAAAGCAAUGUUGCAGAAAACACUCUGGAGACUUUGUGAACGAAAUACUUUGAAAAAAUUUGAUUACUGCUCCCGCCAUAAAAGUCCGUAGAAUUUUGCACCAUAGAUUUUGCUGAUCGUUAGAGUCGUUUUUCGUGUGCCGCUGCAAAUUCCCGCUUUUUGCAUGCACUUCUUCGCCAGCGCAAUUUCGUGCGAAAUCAUUCGACGAGCUUUAUGGCAUAGUAAACUUUCCGAAAAUGUAGAUAAAAUUUUCUAAGGCAUAAGUAUGUGAGAUUUUUCGCUCGUGCGGUUGCAGCAACUGCCGAGAUUUUUGGGUCAGAAGUUGAUAAAAAAAGUAUAUUCAGUUUUUGAAAAGUCUUUAAUUUUUGUAUAUCAGUCUGUCGGGAAAAUAAUGUGGAAUCGCCCAACAUUGCUUUGCGAUGGCUAGUUGGAGUUUUUGUGAGCGCCUCCUACGAGGCGAGAUAUUUUGCUGCCAAAAAUCCACAUUAUUUUCCCGACAGACUGAUAUUUCUAAACUUUUCGAUUUGAAUGCUAACCCCACAGAAUUCUUUGUAUUUUUUUUUGAAUUUUUGUACUGUCGAUUUUUUUCCUUUUAGAUUUUUUCGACAAAUCCAGAGAAGUCCAUCCCAAAAAGCAUGACAAAUACGAGAAGCCCAACAAAUCGCAGCUUCACUCUUCUGAGCUCCCAAACAGCUCCUCCUCCACCAGCACCAUCACCAUGGACAAUCGGACAUUUAUCCAAGACUUUGCCGCCGGCACCUACUACAUCCGCAAGGCCGAAAGUGGCGAUGAAGAGGCGAAACGGCCGCGCUCGCUGUUCCCCGAACGCUACAGCGGGCCGGCCGAGUUCUACGCGUUCUACAGCCCACGGUUCGCGCGCACCUUCUACGUGAACUACGUGAGCGGCGAGCGCGGCUCGGUGCGCGGCUAUCACGUCUUCGACGACACGCUGGAGCGCUUCCAGCCCGUCUCCAUGGUCCAGAAGAUGAUGGAGAUGAUGCGCGACACGCCCUUCUUUAAUUAA